AUAGCUUGUUCAGAUUUUGCCAUAUUCAAUUUCUUGGCAUGUGGUUUUGAUUUGGAUAAACAUUAAAAGUUAUGAAAAGCCCGCUCAACAUGUUGACCCAUUUGAUCCCUCUGGUUUAUCCGGGAAUAUACACAAUGAAAUACAGAUUGACCCGUUUCAUAAUAUAUGCAUUUUGGACCGUCUGCAUAGUUAGUAAUGUUUGUACUCAAAACCAGUUGAGCCUCACAAGAUUUCACACGUCAAAUUCAUUGGAUGCCCUAACCUUCGUUGCAGAUAACAGGCAAUUUCCUGGCAGAAACGUAUGUGGUUUUAGGGCACAAUAGUAAACUCUGAUAUGGACUUUUUACAGUAUGUGAAGUAUUAGGCAAGGGAAUUGACCUGAAAUUCAUUGAAUGCUUCCCAGCACGAAGGUGUCGUGAUGUGAAGAGGAGUAAUAACACGCUACGCAACCACAUUAUCAACGAUUCGUGGUGAAUUUGAUGAACACUUCAAGUGUCAUACGCGUUUUUGAGGGAUAUUUUGGUUGAAUAUUCUGAGGAUGUAUGUUUUAUAUGGUAGGCUUGUUUGGGCUACAGCCUUCAGAAUUUGUUGGAACUCAUCAGCCUUCGUGAAGAGUAAAAGCCAAAUGGUCUCAAAGACACAACUUUGGAGAUUACGCUGAAAAAUAGCAUAAAUCAUCUCAGCUUUACCGAGUGUUAAAGCCUUAUUGUCUCAAAUUCAGAGAUUAGACCUAAUAGUGCCCUAGUCUCAAACUCAGAUUACAUGUAAUAGCUGGAGGAAUCAAUCCAACUUUCCAAAUAACAAAAGCCCAAUAGUCUUAUACUCGAAUUAUAGGUAAUAGCUAGAGAAAUCAUCCUGGCUUUAUCAAGAUAGAUCCAAGACUACGAGCCUAAGUUACUGACAGAGAGAUUAUACUCAAUAGCAGGAGGAAUCUCUUGACCAUUUAAGAGCAAAGCCCAAUAGUCUCUCAACUCACAGCUUACAACUAAUAGCAGGGAGAAUUGUCCUAAGCUUGGAAAGGCUAAAAUUCCAAUAGUCUAACUCAGACUAGAGCCUUUCAGUCUUGGUAAGAAUUAGAUCACGAUAAUCUCAUUUCUACGUACUGGGAAAAAGGAAUUUUUUUUGCUUUGGCAGAAGAAGAAGAGACCUCUCCAACAAGCGGUAGUUAAUAUGUCACUGACUACAUACAAUCCUUUAGACAGGACUAUGUCCUCUCCAUCCAAGAUAUAUGAUGUUUUCUUAAGUUUCAGAGGGGAGGACGUAAGAAAAACAUUUGUAGAUCAUCUGUAUACUUCCUUGGAAAAUGCAGGGGUUAAUGCUUUCCUUGAUAGCCAAAAGUUGAAAAGGGGGGACGAGAUCAGUUCAACUAUUCUAGAGGCAAUCGACAACAGUGCCAUCCACAUUCCAAUCUUCACCGCGAACUUUGCAGAGUCCCAUUGGUGCCUGGACGAGGUUGCUCAAAUGUGCAAAUCAAAUGGUAUAAUUAUACCCUUAUUCUUUUAUGUCAAGCCAACAGAUGUAAGAAAUCCUGGGAGAGGUGUCUUUGCUGAGGCUUUUGAGAAGAAGAAACAAAGAUACACACCAGAACGAAUCAGUGAGUGGAAAAGUGCUCUCUUUAAAGUUUCCUCCUUCUCUGGAUGGUCUACGGAAGACACAGCAGGAUAUGAAGCAGAACUCGUCAAGCUUGUAGUCCAGGAUGUUUUCAAGACUUUACAACAAAAGUCUACCUCAGUGGAGGAAGCUCCACCCCAGCCCUUAGAAGAAGACCCCUCAGAUACAACACCCCAGGAGAUCAGAAAUGAACCACUCAGAAUUUCAAAGUCAAUCUUCAUCGAUAUGGCAGAACACACGAGUAAAGUUAUAAAAAUGCUCAAUAUAGAUUCUGAUGAGAAUGUCCUAACUGUUGCCAUUUAUGGAAAUGGAGGUGUCGGAAAAACCUCGCUAGCAAAGGCCAUUCACAAUCAGAUCUAUCUCAAAUUUGAUGCUACCUGCUUUGUAUAUGAUGUGCGUCAUAAAGCCCAAGAGUCGAAUGGUGUAGCUAAGAUGCAGCGCCAGAUAUUGAAAGACCUUGCAAAGUUCAAGGAUAAAGUUAAUGAUGAGGCUCAUGGAAAGAUGUUGAUGAAGGGCCGUUUGAGGUCCAUUAAGGCCCUUGUUAUUCUGGAAUAUGUUGAUGACUGGAAGCAGUUGGAGGCUCUACGAGGUGAUUGGUUUGGACCAGGUAGCAGAGUGCUUGUAACAACGCUUGAUCCCAACAUACUAAAGAAUGAAACUGGAAGUUUUGUUUAUGAAUUGGAGGGAUUGUCUAAGGAACAUGCCCUUGAAUUUUUUAGUUGGCAUGCUUUCAUGAGAGAUAAACCCAAAGAACAUUAUAGAGAAUUGUCAUGCAAAGCUGUGGAUAUUUGCAAUAGGUUGCCAUUUUCACUUGAAGUUUUGGGUGCUCAUUUGUAUAAUAGAGAAUUAAGCCAUUGGAAUCAAGUCAUUCAAAUACUAGAAUGUUCAAGUUACCGUGGCAAGUACGCCAUUCUUAGACUUUGUUACGAUGGCCUCAAACCUGAACAAAAGGAGAUGUUUUUAGACAUGGCUUGUUUAUUCAUAGGAAGAAAGAGGGUAAGUGUGAUUAGCUUUUGGAAAGCUAGUCAUUUGUAUCCCAAUGCAGGCCUAACAAAAAUGAAGCUGAAAUCACUCAUUAAAUUAGAUGAGCAUGAUAGACUUGCAAUGCAUAGUGAGCUGAGGGAUAUGGGAAGAGCCAUUGUAGAAGAUGAAUCAGCAGAACCAGGGAAGCGUAGCAGAUUGUGGAAGCCAGAAGAGGUUGAACUAGUCUUAAUGGAAGAAAAGGGAACAGAAAGGGUGAGAUGUCUUACAUACCUUCAGAAAGAUGUAAAACUUCAAACUCAUAGUUUUCAAAGAAUGUGUAAUUUGCAAUUGCUUUGGCUUGAUGGAGCUCUUGUAGAGGGAGACUAUAGAAAAAUGCCUCCAGAUUUGAAGUGGCUAAGAUGGGAAAAUUGCCCUCUAAAAUGCUUGCCAUGUGAAUGGAAUAUGAAACGUGUAGUUGUACUUGAUUUAAGCUUCAGCAAAGGGAUUGAGGCACUGUGGUCAGAACCAUCCAAUAUUGAGGCUCUGAAAAACCUCAAAGUACUUAAGCUAAAUUACUGCACAAGUCUUCAAGUCCUUCCAGAUUUAGCCAACCACACGUCUAUCAUUCAACUGGAGCUCUGUGGUUGUAAAGAACUGAGGGAACUACCAGAGUCCAUUGGAUUUCUGACAGAGCUUAAGUUCCUUGAUCUGUCAAAUUGCUGCAACUUAAUCCAACUUCCAAACACCAUAAGUAACCUAAAAUCUCUGGAGGUGCUCUUUUUAUCAAAUUGUCACCGUAUCAGAAUGUUACCCGACUCAUUUGAAGAUCUGGGAGUACUGAAAAAAGUCAAAUUGGAUGGAAUGCCCUUAAAGAAUUUGCCCAAAUCCUUUAGAUGGCUGUCCUGCUUGGAGAAGCUGUCUCUUCAUGGUUGCCAUGAAUUGAGAAGCCUUCCUCAACCAAUAGGAGAAUUGAAUCGCUUGCGAUAUCUGGAUUUACAUGGUUGUUCUAGUUUACAGACUCUACCUAACUCAAUCUAUGAACUUGAAAGCUUAUGCCGGUUGGAUAUGACUGGUUCUGGAAGAAUCAGCUUAGAAGCAGAGAUAGGGGACCUUGUUUGUCUGGAAAGGUUGGUCCUAAGUAAUUGUGCAGCAAUAUGGAGAUUGCCUAUAUCAAUAGGUCAGCUUAAUUGUUUACAACAUCUGAACCUGAAUCACUGCACUUCUUUGAUUCGACUGCCAGAGGAGUUGGGAGAUCUGGUCCGUUUAGAGGAGUUGUUGCUCAAUGAAUGCUACAAUCUAUGCGAGCUUCCCCAGAGCAUCGGGAAGCUUUCUUGCCUAAAGACUCUAGAAAUGGAAGAAACCUACAGUCUAUCUGUUCUUCCAGCUAGCUUUUCAAGACUUACGUCCUUAAAGAAUCUAAAAGCGGGUGGUUGUCCUCUACCACAAUAUAUUGGAGAGCUGUCAUCAUUAGAAAAUAUGCAUCUUAAGUCAUACAAAAUGUCCUUUUUGCCACCAACUUUUGGCACACUUCUGCGCCUAAGCAAACUCUACCUGCAUCACUGUACAGAGUUUUUGGAACUUCCACUUCUUCCAAAGGAACUCAUUGAAGUGCGUAUUCAAGACUGUUUGGGACUAAAGAAAAUCUCUAACAUGUCACAUAUGAAGAGGCUUAAGCUGCUGAGGAUACACAACUGCAGGGAACUUGUUGAAUUGCCCGACUUUGGGUCCUUGCAGUCAUUGCAAGAGCUCUCAAUAUCAGAAUGUAGGAAUGUUAAGCGUAUUCAAGGAAUGGAAGGGAUGAAAUCCUUAAAAAAAGUGCAUGUUACAGGUUGCAGAUUGGCUGGCUCAGGAAGCUCAAUAUUGAAACCCCGCCAAUUAAUCAAGGAAACACGUUGUCUAGAGUUACUCAGUUUUUCAGCAAAUGGGGUUCCAGAGUGCUUAGAAAAGAAGAUGGAAACCAGUGGUGAUGAUUUACUGAAUGCUACAGUGGACAGCACCGAGCAAUGUUCAGGGAUUGUAUUAUGCUUUAUGGUGAGGUUCAAGAGUGGGAUUAGUUCAGUGGGUGUAGAACUAAGCACUUUAAGAGAUGGCGAGGAGAUUUUCAAUACCAGGCUCGUUAACCACUCAAAAACUGUAGAAGGAGAUCAGAUUUUUGUGCACAUUUUGCAUAAAAAUCACCCCAUGGUUAUGAUGCUGCAAAGUGGAGAUGUGGUCCGGGCAAAGGAAGACAGAGAUAAAGGAAGAAUGAUAAGAAGUGGUGGAAUGCAAUUCUUCUCUGAAGGAGUAGAUGGGAAAAGAGAAGAUUUAAUACUGGAGAGCUUGGGAAAGGAUUUGACAAAGUUAAUGGAAGAUUACCGUGAAAAUCUAGCCUUUGAAGACGAGGGAUCUCAUUUCUACAUACUAGGGAAAAGGAACUUUAUUUUGCUUUGGCAGAAGAAGAAGAGACCUCUCCAACAAGCGGUAAUUAAUAUGGCAUUGAUUAGAUACAAUCCUUUAGACAGGACAAUGCCCUCUCCAUCCAAGAUAUAUGAUGUUUUCUUAAGUUUCAGAGGGGAGGACGUAAGAAAAACAUUUGUAGAUCAUCUGUAUACUUCCUUGGAAAAUGCAGGGGUUAAUGCUUUCCUUGAUAGCCAAAAGUUGAAAAGGGGGGACGAGAUCAGUUCAACUAUUCAAGAGGCAAUCGACAACAGUGCCAUCCUCAUUCCAAUCUUCACCGCCAACUUUGCAGAGUCCCAUUGGUGCCUGGACGAGGUUGCUCAAAUGUGCAAAUCAAAUGGUAUGUGUAUACCCUUAUUCUUUUAUGUCAAGCCAACAGAUGUAAGAAAUCCUGGGAGAGGUGUCUUUGCUGAGGCUUUUGAGAAGAAGAAACAAAGAUACACACCGGAACGAAUUAGCGAGUGGAACAGUGCUCUCUUUAAAGUUUCCUCGUUCUCUGGAUGGUCUACAGAAGACACAGCAGGAUAUGAAGCAGAACUAGUCAAGCUUGUAGUCCAGGAUGUUUUCAAGACAUUACAACAAAAGUCUACCUCAGUGGAGGAAGCUCCACUCCAGCCCUCAGAAGAAGACCCCUCAGAUACGACACCCCAAGAGAUCAGAAAUGAACCACUCAGAAUUUCAAAGUCAAUCUUCAUCUAUAUGGCAGAACACAUAAGUAAAGUUAUAAAAAAGCUCAAUACAGAUUCUGAUGAGAAUGUCCAAACUGUUGCCAUUUAUGGAAAUGGAGGUGUCGGAAAAACCUCGCUAGCAAAGGCCAUUCACAAUCAGAUCUAUCUCAAAUUCGAUGCUACCUGCUUUGUAUAUGAUGUGCGUCAUAAAGCCCAAGAGAUAAAUGGUGUAGCUAAGAUGCAGCGCCAGAUAUUGAAAAACCUCGUCAAGUUCAAGGAUAAAGUUAAUAAUGAGGCUCAUGGAAAGAUGUUGAUGAAGGGCCGUUUGAGGUCCAUUAAGGCCCUUGUUAUUCUGGAAUAUGUUGAUGACUGGAAGCAGUUGGAGGCUCUACGAGGUGAUUGGUUUGGACCAGGUAGCAGAGUGCUUGUAACAACGCUUGACCCCAACAUACUAAAUAUUGAAAAUGGAAGUUUUGUUUAUGAAUUGCAGGGACUGUCUAAGGAACACGCCCUUGAAUUUUUUAGCUGGCAUGCUUUCAUGAGAGAUAAACCCAAAGAAUAUUAUAGAGCAUUGUCAUGCAAAGCUGUGGAUAUUUGCAAUAGGUUGCCAUUUUCACUUGAAGUUUUGGGUGCACAUUUGUAUAAUAAAGACUUAAGCCAUUGGAAUCAAGUCAUUCAAACACUAGAAUAUUCAAGUAACCAUGGCAAGUACGCCAUUCUUAGACUUUGUUAUGAUGGCCUCAAAUCUGACCAAAAGGAGAUGUCUUUAGACAUGGCUUGUUUAUUCAUAGGAAGAAAGAGGGUAAGUGUGAUUAGCUUUUGGAAAGCUAGUCAUUUGCAUCCCAAUGUAGGCCUAACAAAAAUGAAGCUGAAAUCACUCAUUAAAUUCGAUGAGCAAGAUAGACUUGCAAUGCAUAGUGAGCUGAGGGAUAUGGGAAGAGCCAUUGUAGAAGAUGAAUCAGCAGAACCAGGAAAGCGUAGCAGAUUGUGGAAGCCAGAAGAGGUUGAACAAGUCUUAAUGGAAGAAAAGGGAACAGAAAGGGUGAGAUGUCUUACAUACCUUCAGAAAGAUGUAAAACUUCAAACUCGUAGUUUUCAAAGAAUGUGUAAUUUGCAAUUGCUUUGGCUUGAUGGAGCUCUUGUAGAGGGAGACUAUAGAAAAAUGCCUCCAGAUUUGAAGUGGCUAAGAUGGGAAAACUGCCCUCUAAAAUGCUUGCCAUGUGAAUGGAAUAUGAAACGUGUAGUUGUACUUGAUUUAAGCUUCAGCAAAGGGAUUGAGGCACUGUGGUCAGAACCAUCCAAUAUUGAGGCUCUGAAAAACCUCAAAGUACUUAAGCUAAAUUACUGCACAAGUCUUCAAGUCCUUCCAGAUUUAGCCAACCACACGUCUAUCAUUCAACUGGAGCUCUGUGGUUGUAUAAAACUGAGGGAACUACCAGAGUCCAUUGGAUUUCUGACAGAGCUUAAGUUCCUUGAUCUGUCAAAUUGCUGCAACUUAAUCCUACUUCCAAACACCAUAUGUAACCUAAAAUCUCUGGAGGUGCUCUUUUUAUCAAAUUGUCACCGUAUCAGAAUGUUACCCGACUCAUUUGAAGAUCUGGGAGUUCUAAAAAAGGUCAAAUUGGAUGGAAUGCCCUUAAAGAAUUUGCCCAAAUCCUUUAGAUGGCUGUCCUGCUUGGAGAAGCUGUCUCUUCAUGGUUGCCAUGAAUUGAGAAGCCUUCCUCAACCACUAGGAGAAUUGAAUCGCUUGCGAUAUCUGGAUUUACAUGGUUGUUCUAGUUUACAGACUCUACCUAACUCAAUCUAUGAACUUGAAAGCUUAUGCCGGUUGGAUAUGACUGGUUGUGGAAGAAUCAGCUUAGAAGCAGAGAUAGGGGACCUUGUUUGUCUGGAAAGGCUGGUCCUAAGUAAUUGUGCAGCAAUAUGGAGAUUGCCUAUAUCAAUAGGUCAGCUUAAUUGUUUACAACAUCUGAACCUGAAUCACUGCACUUCUUUGGUUCGACUGCCAGAGGAGUUGGGAGAUCUGGUCCGUUUAGAGGAGUUGUUGCUCAAUGAAUGCUACAAUCUAUGCGAGCUUCCCCAGAGCAUAGGGAAACUUUCUUGCCUAAAGACUCUAGAAAUGGAAGAAACCUACAGUCUAUCUGUUCUUCCAGCUAGCUUUUCAAGACUCACGUCCUUAAAGAAUCUAAGAGCGGGUGGUUGUCCUCUACCACAACAUAUUGGAGAGCUAUCAUCAUUAGAAAAUAUGCAUCUUAAGUCAUACAAAAUGUCCUUUUUGCCACCAACUUUUGGCACACUUUUGCGCCUAAGCAAACUCUACCUGCAUCACUGUACAGAGUUUUUGGAACUUCCAUUUCUUCCAAAGGAACUCAUUGAAGUGCGUAUUCAAGACUGUUUGGGACUAAAGAAAACCUCUAACAUGUCACAUAUGAAGAGGCUUAAGCUGCUGAGGAUACACAACUGCAGGGAACUUGUUGAAUUGCCCGACUUUGGGUCCUUGCAGUCAUUGCAAGAGCUCUCAAUAUCAGAAUGUAGGAAUGUUAAGCGUAUUCAAGGAAUGGAAGGGAUGAAAUCCUUAAGAAAAGUGCAUGCUACAGGUUGCAGAUUGGCUGGCUCAGGGAGCUCAAUAUUGAAACCCCGCCAAUUAAUCAAGGAAACACGUUGUCUGGAGUUACUCAGUUUUUCAGCAAAUGGGGUUCCAGAGUGCUUAGAAAAGAAGAUGGAAACCAGUGGUGAUGAUUUACUGAAUGCUACAGUGGACAGCACCGAGCAAUGUUCAGGGAUUGUAUUAUGCUUUAUGGUGAGGUUCAAGAGUGGGAUUAGUUCAGUGGGUGUAGAACUAAGCACUUUAAGAGAUGGCGAGGAGAUUUUCAAUACCAGGCUCGUUAACCACUCAAAAACUGUAGAAGGAGAUCAGAUUUUUGUGCACAUUUUGCAUAAAAAUCACCCCAUGGUUAUGAUGCUGCAAAGUGGAGAUGUGGUCCGGGCAAAGGAAGACAGAGAUAAAGGAAGAAUGAUAAGAAGUGGUGGAAUGCAAUUCUUCUCUGAAGGAGUAGAUGGGAAAAGAGAAGAUUUAAUACUGGAGAGCUUGGGAAAGGAUUUGACAAAGUUAAUGGAAGAUUACCGUGAAAAUCUAGCCUUUGAAGACGAGGAAUAAAACUGGAGCUGAAAAAUCUUCUCAGGUUGCUGUUCUAGUCAAUGAGGCUCUUGUCUUUAAUAGGAUAUUCCCCUUUUUUAAACCAACCUAAGAAAAUAGCAAAAGUAGCAUGGUAUCCGUAAAUUUUCUGAACCAUAAACAAAGUUAAGUUUUUAGAUCCUAUACAUAAAUGUGAUGUUGCAAUGUCCUACAUGGGCAACUGCAAUCAUUCAAAUUACCCAUUCAAAUGGAAUUCAGAUGUAUAUAUUUCAUACAAAUGGAAGCAAACCUGUUUGGAACAACUAUGUAAACUGUAAAUCAACGAAAGUAUUCUUAUUCUAUUCUA